AAAAAAAAAAAAAGUGAAACUCCACAAAGUUGGUGCUCGGGGAUGUGACUCCCAACUUCUCGUCACUUCCCCGGUGACGUUACGUACGCCACCGCCGCCGCCGUUACCGCUGCCGCUGCCGCCGCCGUGGCGUGCCUGCAGAGACGCAACAACAUGGAGUCCUGUGCCUUGCCCCUUGCAAGCGAGCCAUGCAAAACACCCCCAAAAAGCCCAGGGAGCGACGCCGAAAGAGCGGACUUGUGCGUGUGAGCAACCGAGCAUCGGGCUUCUUCCUCGGUGACCUGCUAUGACGAGCGCCGCUUAGGCUGCGGCUCCUUCCCCUCCAUCCACCAACCAGGCCGAUAUCAAAGUGGAGGAGCGCACCAUGUAGGCGGGCUGGUCGCCAAGUGGGACUCCAUACUGCUCUCUGGGGGGGCAAUGGAGCCGGGAGGGCCACCCCUGACCCCAGGAACCAGCUAUGUGCCCCCACCGUUGAACUCUGCACAAAAUCCCUCCACCCCGACCUCCCCUGACAGCACCUUACAGUCCUCAUGUUCUUCCAAUGUGAGCGACAUCCUGACGCCUGCCAAAGGCUCACCGGGCCUGGAUGCAGACCAGGACCCAAAGCAGACCGAGGGCAGUGCAGAGUCGGAGGGGAGUGCACAGAGAAGAUUCCGCUCCUCAGCCUUUCCUUCCUCGCUCAGCUGGGACUCGGACUCUGAGAAAGAGACCGUAGAUGAGGAGGAGCUGCAGCAUUUUUCUAACCCUCACGGUCUGGCUGUUCACAGCCCAGGAUCUCCUUCCUCCGGACCCAGAGCUGUUAGCGAAGAUAACAAAGAAGCAGAGCCGAAGGCUGAUAAGGCUGCCCCUGAGGAGGUGUACCAUCAAAGUAUAGAAAGCACAAAAAAAGAAGAACCAAACGCGUGUCAGCUUGGCCCGACAGACUGGGGAGGCAGCCAUGACUGGGACAUAUCCCAGGGAGCCCAAGGAGAACCAAAGACGGAGGAGGACGCAGACAAAAGGGAGGUCGAGAAAAGCCCCGGGGGAAAAGACAUAGAGGAGCGUGGGAAGGAUGUGUACACUUUUACCGGAGACUCCGACCCUGGGAGUCUUCCUCCGGCCCAGUGGGCUCCAUGCACACCUGUUCUGAUGUCCGCAAAGACGAAGGUCCGCCCCAGGCCCUUCCCCAGCCUUGAAACUAUGACUGAGACUGGUACGCAAGGAAGUGGGAGUCCUCACGGGUCACCUCCAAGUCAAGGCGGCUUUGGGGAGUCGGACGAUCCGAUCAUGGUCCAAGAAGAAGAGGCUGCGGACGGGGACAUCUUCACCUGUGUGGAAUGUAGCAUUUACUUUAAAAAGCAGGUCCACCUCCAGGAGCACAUGGUCGAGCACUCCCGAACAGGUGAAGAGGGCGGUUUUCCGUGUGACGAGUGCGGAUGGGACCUGCCCACGUGCGUUUCGCUGGAGGACCACCAAAGAAGGCACCAGGAGUCUCGUGUGAAAAUUGUGGCGGAAAUCCAGAAGCUGAAUGAAGACGAGAAAACAAAAGAGAGACUGGACGCCAAGGUGGCCACGCAGCAAACGCCACACCGUUUCAGUCCAGACAAGGUGUUCCCGCCUUCACACCAGCCCCCAUGCGAUGGAGACCAAGCUGCUUGUGAAUCAAAUCCACCUCAAAAUCCUCCCAGUUCUUUCGGAGUCACAUUCCGGCCCCGAGCGGUGAUGUACCGCCGCCGCUUUGUCUGCGCCCAAUGUCACUUCAGCGCCAGAACCUCCCAGGCGCUCGCGAAUCACACCAGAACGCACACAAAGAAAAAUACCUCAUCUCCUGACUCCUUAUCAUGUUUGGCUUCGUCUUCUCCGGGCUCAAGUCAAGUCGGAACCGGGAAGCGGCUCCACUCAGAAAAUAACCCCAUCGUGAUUACCCAGCUCGAUGCUGAGACCGGCUGUUCGUCUUACGUUUUCAACGCCGUGCUGGAUUCCAAUUGUGAGUCGGACUCUGCAACCCAGUCCGACUCACCUCAAACCAAAGCCCACCGUAGCUGUAAGGACGGCGAGACUAACCAGGUACUCCUCAGGAGUAAACGAAACAGGAGGUUCGGUAAAAGAGUCCGACUGAAUGAAGAGGACCUUCCAGGGAGUGACGUGGAGCAGGAAAAUAGCGCGGAGCUUGACUCUGAGAGAGUUGGAGGGAGAGGAAACGCCACGCUUGGAUAUGACACAGAGUGUCAGAGCGCCACAUUGUCGCCGCGCACCAGGAAUUCUCACAAAGAGAACGACCGGCAGGAAGAAAACAACCAAAAGGUUUUGAGGAGGAGCAACAGGAUUACUGCCGCCCUUGCAGAAAUGGACCCUGACGCGGGGGAUGAGGAUGAGGAUGAGGAUGAUGAUGAUGAUGAUGGGGGUGAGGACACCAUUGAUGAUGAGCGCGUGCGGCGGUUCCUGUCUGCUGGGGGCAUCCUGGAUGACGACGACGAAGACGACGAGGCCCCCGAUUCCCUGAAGAGCGUGGAGAGGAAAUGCCCCUACUGCCCCGAUCGCUUCCAUAAUGGCAUCGGGCUGGCCAACCACGUGAGGGGCCACCUGAACCGGGUGGGCGUCAGCUACAAUGUGCGGCACUUCAUAUCCCCCGAGGAGGUCAACGCAAUCGAGAAGAGGUUCUCCUACCAGAAAAAGAAGAAAAAAGUGGCCAACUUUGAUCCAGCCACAUACAGUGUGAUGCACUGCGAGUUCUGCAGCGCCGGCUUCGACACACGCGCCGGCCUGUCCAGCCACGCCCGGGCGCACCUCCGGGACUUUGGCAUCACCAACUGGGACGUUACCGUCUCUCCGAUCCACAUCCUGAGGAAGUUGUUCUCCAGCAGACCUGACCUCGUAAUCCCGACAGCUCCCCCGCGGAGCACUGUCUCCGGUCUGGAGGAAGACGAGGAGGAAGAGGAGGAAGAGGAGGAGGAGGAGGAAGAGGAAGAGGAGGAGGAAGAAGAGGAGGAUGGGAUUUUUGAGGUCAAACUGGAAGGGGUGACAAGUGAGCGGAGUAUAAAUGCUGCUUCUGUGUCUCCUGAACCUUUCAAUGAGGAAAAUGGCGUCAAAGGUGUCAAAGCAGCAGAAGAAGAAGAUGAAGAACGACAGCACCCGGCUAAUGAUGAGCCGGGUUCCAGCCCAAAGAAACCGCGUUUGCACAGCGUAGACGGGGAUGGCCUCUCUCCACGGGAGGAAGCAGACACCAAAGCUCAUGACUUGAAGUGCGACUUGUGUGGAGCUCAGUUCCAGACCAGACGUGCCAUGUCCAGCCACGCCCGCUCUCACCAGCUGCAGGGGGCUUCAGAAAGCGGCGGUGCGCCCGUGGACCAAACUGCCAAGGAGUGCAAUGUUCACCGCCACAAAAGCUUGUCUCACCUGGAGUCACCCAAGAGCGCCUCUCUGCUGGACUCCCAGAAACGUGAUGACCUGGAUGGAGACUUCGACGUGAAACCGAUAUCCCUUUCCGUGUUGACCCGAGCAGUCAAAGUGGUGCCACCCUCCUGCGUCUCUACACCAUCUCCUGGUGCCUCUCCGGUUCUGGCUCAUUCCAGCUCCCCCUUGUCGCUAGUGAGGAAAGCCCCCAUCUCCUCGUUACUGCCCGCGUCUUCCCCCUUGCGCUCCGCAGACCACAAGGCUGCGGGGAUGAAAAGUUUGACCUCUAACUUCUCCGCCCCACCAUCUAAACCGAUCUGGGCCCCGCAAGAAAACGACGCUCCUCUCAACCUCACACUGGAGGUGGAUCCCAAAAAGGACAUCGUCUGUCAGCUGUGCGGUGCCUGGUUUGAGACCCGGAAAGGCUUGUCCAGCCAUGCGAGGGCCCACCUGCGUCACUUCGGCGUGGAGUACUCCGAAUCCAAAGGCUCGCCGAUCGCACUCCUGAACCGCCUCAUCGACACCGACGAGUUCAAGCACAAAGCCGGCGAAUUCAAACUCGACACUGAAACACGAGGCGUCGCCGCAACGCUCUCCUCCCCAAAGAAGCCUCCUCUCAGCCUGGCGUCCACCACUCCAUCCGUACUCUACAAGGUGACCACAGCUGGAGGCGGGUCCACUUCCAAAGCUACCUCUUCCUCGUCCUUGUCCUUCGGCCCGCCGGCCAAGCGUCUAAAAUCGUCUUCAAUGCAGGUCUUCCGCCUCAGCAGUGGUGAGAUCAUGGCCCUCCCACAAAGAGAUCCUCUAAAGGAAAUCGGCUGUGAAUUCUGUGGGGAGUAUUUCGAGAACCGGAAAGGAUUAUCCAGCCAUGCUCGUUCCCACCUGCGUCAAAUGGGCAUCACUGAGUGGUCCGUCAACGGUUCCCCUAUCGACACCCUGAGGGAGCUCAUCAAAAGACGGGGCUUGCCUUGCGCCCUUCCUCUAAAACCUCUGAAAAGCCCACCUCCGUCUUCUCCCGGUCCACCGCGUUCCCCACUGUCCACCCGCUCCUCGCCAUCGUCCCUCCUCAGCCGCCUGCCCUUCACCAGCUCCCCCAGUCCUCCUCAGUCUGCUGCGUUUAAGUCGGGCUCAACUCCGCCAACUUCCUCUGGGCUCAUCCUCAAGAUCAAGCCUGAGCCGGUGCAGCUGGAGGUCACGGCUCCUGAAGCUGGAGGCGGUGGCCGUCACAGUUUUCCCACCGAUCGUGUCAGCCCUGGAUGGAGCGGUUCUGACAGUGGGCUGCCCCUCAACUUGGCCAUGUCUCGUGAAGUAGAGCCUACACGAGAUAUCCGCUGUGAGUUCUGCGGAGAGUACUUUGAGAACCGUAAAGGCCUCUCCAGCCACGCCCGGUCUCACCUGCGCCAGAUGGGCAUCACAGAGUGGACUGUCAACGGGUCGCCCAUUGACACGCUACGGGAGAUCAUCCACAAGCGAGGCUUGACUGUCUGCCCUCAGGGGGUGAAGAAGGAGCGUGCCAAAAGUCCCUCUUGGGGGAACCCACCCAGAAGUUCCGAGGGUUUGUGCGUUUCUCCCUAUCAGUCCAAGUUUCGUAAGUCCCCUCUCAGCAUACUGUCAUCAGGGUCCAGGUUUCCUAAGCACGGCCUGGGCUCUCUGGGCUCCUCCAGUAUUCCCUCCUCGCCGAAGAUCGUCAGGAUAUCCCCACUAAACAAACAGCCGGAUGAAGCCCAGUCUGCGGAAAGUGCCCAGCAUCAGCGCAAGACUUUCUCACCUCUAUCGCCCGACUUCCCGAUGAAAAAAAAACCCUCCAUAGACAAACACAUCCGCAAGGAUCCCAGGUGUGAGCUGUGUGGCUUCUACUUCGAGAACCGUAAGGCCUUGGCGAGCCACGCGCGAGCCCACCUCAGGCAGUUCGGGGUGACUGAGUGGUGUGUGAACGGCUCCCCCAUCGAGACCCUGGGCGCGUGGAUUCGCAGCAGACCGCAGAAGGUGUUGGAAAUGCACCGUAGCUACAUGCAGGGCAACCGUCCCACCUCCAAAAGGAAGAGCAGCUCACCUCUCCCUGCGUCGACGGAUCCAGAUCAUCGCUUCCCCAUCUCGCCGCAGAAGGCCUCUUCUUCGUCGUCCACGUCCUCCCCCCAGUGGUCUUCUGCUUUGGCGGUCAACCUGGUGCGGCCGCUGAGCCGCGAGCUCGGCCAGGGCUCUUCAGAGACCACAGAAGAGGAAGCGGGCCCCGGCCUCAGGGCCACUCACGCCGGGCCCGUCAGCAGCAGUCCCAGCCCGCCGCGGCUCGGCACUGGCCUCCCACUUCAAGCACAGGUGGCUCGCAGCGAGCUCAACGUUCGUCUGCCCAGAGGGUUUGAGCGCCGCCCCCUGAAGCACCCGACUUGCGCCGAGGGAACAGAGGGAGACAGCGGCUCUCCGCAGCCCCCCCGCACAAGCACCGUCCCUGCUUUAGUGCCAAAGCCACCCACCUACCCACUGGUCAGGCUGGUGGGCAAGUUCUACACCCUAAAGUGCCGGUUCUGUGAGGUAGAGUUCCACGGUCCACUAUCUGUGCAAGAGGACUGGAUCCGACACCUCCAGCAACACAUCCUCAAGAUGAGCUACAACAAGCCCGCCGAACCCAAAGCGGCGUCGGCCGAAUCUGGCGAGCCGACCCUGGUCCACCGGGCCCUGGCCUCGCGGCCCGCCCCCGGCACGUCCGCCGUGCCCCCCUCCGCCGCUCCGAACUCCCCUGCGGCCCCAGCAGAACUUGCUCGGGAGAUAGUCCCAUCCCAUCCCAUCCCCCUCCCUGCCCAGGUGAUGUGAUCGUGUUUUCACUUUCUUUUGCUUUGCUUUAUUCCGAGGGGCAACGCUCCUCUUCCACCUUUCGGUCAAGGCCCAGGAGCCUUGUGAGCACCUUUCUGGAGCAGCUGUUUAGACUGUUACCAUGGGGACCAAGUUCUCCGGGCUUAAGUGUGAUCACAGGAGAGAUAAGCUAAUCUUAUGCCUUGUUUAUUUUGAAUGUCCAGUUGACAUUGCUGUACCCCACCAGGUCACCCAGGCAACGGGGUGUUGCCCGGGUGACCUAAAGGUUUAACGGCCCCCCUUUUUUCCCGGUUUUGGCUCUCACUGAUCCGACCCAUUUCUACCAGCACUCUCUAAAAGACAAGGGGUGUCCAAACUUCUCCAAAAAUGUUUGGAUACGGGGGCCACUUUGAUACAUUUUGCAAGUGAAAGAGGCUAAAACCAAUCCGAUGUACAGCUAGUCAAUACAGUAGUUAUUCGGUACCACAGUGGUAUUUGGACUAGUUUGAGACGGCAUUCGAAAACUUUUGGUUAAAUUGUAAAAUUGAAUCGUACAAAAGUAGGGAUGGGUAUCAAAUUUAGGACUUUUAUAGGUACCAACCGAAACUACUUGGAUGCCAAUUGACGUCAAAUCAAAUAUUGCCAUAUAUUUCUUGCAUGUCACGUCCAGUUGCAAACUGGGCACCGGCUCAAGCAUUUAGCCGGGAAACAAGCAGUCAAAGCCAAACUGUCACUAGGUAAUGUUUUCAUUCUGCACACCAACAAAGCCAGAAGAAGGCGGUCAAAAGUACUGUAUGGCUCUACUUUUCAAAAUGUGCCAGCUCGAUGCAAAUUUAUAUUCGAUUUGCCCUACAAAUGCUAAAGAUUAGCAUUAGCGAUUUUACAUGGCACCUCCAAAUUUGGUAAACAAAACUACAACUAAGAUGCACGUUACAAUCAAACAAUCCACUUAAUGGCAAAGACUACUUCCUGGCUAAGGCAACACGACGUAGCCCUCAAGCUCUUAACCUUUUUGGCCUCGUGGCCCAACUUUUCCACUUCAGACGGGCCCCGGGUCCCACUCAAAGAUUAACACUGAAUUUGUAAUCUUGCUCUUGAUUUUACUCAUAUUCAAUAAUUAUAUCUUACCUACUUACAGUUUACAACCUUGUCAAAUGAUAUACAAUGUUUAUUAUUUUUCAAGGCUUAGGUCAGGCUGAUUACCAAAAUAUAUUCUAAUCAAAUAUACUGCAAAAGAAGGGAUUCAUAAAAAAUUAUGAAAGAUACAUUUACAUAUUCAUUGAAAUGCAUUACAAUUAUUUAAUCCAAUUUUUUUAUACAAUUUACACAUUACGUUGUGCUAAAAUAAAUAAAUGUUUAAUAAAAUACUAAUUUAAAAAAUCCCGAUAAGUUUCUGAAAUAAACUGUCAAUAAAAUUUAAGUGCAAAUUAAAAAAUACAGUUUCACCAAUUUAGUCAUAAUUUUUGCGCUGAAGAACUUCAGCUUUAAGACUUCUUCUGUCUGUCUGACAUUGUCAUUGCUGCCACAAGUGGCGCAAAAGUGUAUUACAAUUUAAUACAGCUGAGAAACAGAUAUUUCUUGGCGGUUAAGGAACACUGCCGUAGCCUAUACACUGCUGCCGCUGCAUGCAAAGUCAAAUAUAUAAUACUUGCAAAUGAGACACAGAAGUGUAAGAAAACAAGAAAACUGGACAGUACAGCUCAGUGUUAAAGACAUUUUUAUUUUUUAUUUUUUUAAACACACAAAAGUACCAAAAAUUGGCACCAGUAUGGAGUUAAAUGUGAAAGGUACCCAUCCCUAUGUGAAAGUAAGAUGUACAAAAACUCUAUAUGCUUAGCUAUGUAUGUGAACAAAACAUCCACCUUUUUGAUGUGUAAUAGGUGACAAAGAUAGUAGUGUCAUUUUUAAUGAUACCUCUCAUUAAUAAUGACUUCAUUACAUGUUUUAGAUUUUGCCGACGAUUAAUGAAACAUUAGAUCCAGGCCAAAAGUGGCCCCCGGGCAGCACAUUGGACACCCCCGCUGUAAGAGAAUGCCGGCAGCACCGCAGCAGGCACAAGACAUUGAAACAACGUUGAGAACUAGUUGAAUUAGGUCCUGAUGUUAAGCGACUCAAACAUAACGUUGGAACAUGAUUUUUGACGACUUUUAAUCAAUGUCAGGUUGUGACGUUGAUUUAACAUAAAAUUUUGGUCAUUUUCCAACCAAUAUUCUACAACACAAAUACAACGUUGACACAACGUGCUUUUUGACGUUUAAUCAAUGUUGGGGUCUGACGUUGAUUUGACCAUUGAAAUUGAGUAAUUUCCCAACCAAUAUUCUACAACACAAAUACAACGUUGAAACAACAUGCUUUUUGACAACGUUUAAUCGAUGUUGGCUUCUGACGUUGAUUGGACCAUUGAAAUUUGGUCAUUUUCCAACCGAUAUUCUUUUACAACACAAAUACAACGUUGAAACAACAUGCUUUUUGACAACGUUUAAUCAAUGUUGGGUUCUGGCGUUGAUUUGACCAUUGAAAUUGAGUAAUUUCCCAACCAAUAUUCUACAACACAAAUACAACGUUGAAACAACAUGCUUUUUGACAACGUUUAUUUAAUGUUGGGUUCUGGCGUUGAUUUGACCAUUUAAUGUGGUCAUUUUUCAACCAAUAUUCAACAACACAAAUACAACGUUGAAACAACAUGCUUUUUGACGACGUUUAUUCAAUGUCAGGUUGUGACGUUGAUUUAACAUUACAUUUUGGUCAUUUUCCAACCAAUAUUCUGCAACGCAAAUACAACACUGAAACAACAUGCUUUUUGACAACGUUUAAUCAAUGUUGGGUUCUGACAUUGAUUUGACCAUUGAAAUUUGGUCAUUUCCUAACCAAUAUUCUACAACACAAAUACAACGUUGAAACAACAUGCUUUUUGAUGUUUAAUCAAUGUUGGUUCUGAUGUUGAUUUGACCAUUGAAAGUGAGUAAUUUCCCAACCAAUAUUCAACAACACAAAUACAACGUUGAAACAACAUGCUUUUUGACGACGUUUAUUCAAUGUCAGGUUGUGACGUUGAUUUAACAUUACAUUUUGGUAAUUUUCCAACCAAUAUUCAACAACACAACAAAUACAAUGUUGAAACAACAUGCUUUUUGACCACGUUUAAUCAAUGUUGGGUUCUGACGUUGAUUGGACCAUUGAAAUUUGGUCAUUUUCCAACCGAUAUUCUUUUACAACACAAAUACAACGUUGAAACAACAUGCUUUUUGACAACGUUUAUUCAAUGUUGGCAUCUGGCGUUGAUUUGAUAAUUUAAUGUGGUAAUUUUUCAACCAAUAUUCAACAACACAAAUACAACGUUGAAACAACAUGCUUUUUGAUGACGUUUAUUCAAUGUCAGGUUGUGACGUUGAUUUAACAUUACAUUUUGGUCAAUUUCCAACCAAUAUUCUGCAACACAAAUACAACACUGAAACAACAUGCUUUUUGACAACGUUUAAUCAAUGUUGGGUUCUGACGUUGAUUUGACCAUUGAAAUUUGGUCAUUUCCUAACCAAUAUUCAACAACACAAAUACAACGUUGCAACAACAUGCUUUUUGACGACGUUUAAUCAAUGUUGGGUUCUGAUGUUGAUUUGAACAUUGAAUUUUAGUCAAUUCCCAACCAACAAUGUGGAUCCAACGUUAGACAUCAAUGUUGUCUCAAUUUACAAAUACCGGUACAACUAUUUUGCAACGUUGUUUAGAAGUCCGUUUUAAAAGGACAUGUACGUAUAAUCAACGUUGUUUCAAUGUCUUGUGCCUGCUGGUACCAGUCCCACACAAAUGUCCUGACUGAAAUAUGAGAUUUCGAACUCCAACCAGUCUCGCGAUGGCUACUUUAAAACGCAUUUUUUAACACCUUUGUGUUAAACAAACAUGGCACUUUUUCGACAUCGACACUGAGCACUUAACUAAAGAAAGAAAACAUUUGUCACUUUUUUUUUUUUAGAAGGAGCAAGAAGUGGAAGCACACCCCAAAAAAAGGGAAAUUAACUUCCUGUCAAACUGACCCCAAAUACAGGUGGUCCUCGGCAUGUGAAAUAGUUCCCCUCCUGCGACGCGUUUAAAGUCGAAUUUUAGUGAAAGAGGGAAUUCAUACCGAAAGAGCACUUAACACAUAAAAUACAGUCAUAAAAAGUCCAAAUACAGUACAAUAAUUAAAUAAAACUAAUAAAAAGAGAGAGCUGUCCAUCUCCAUCGCUUGCUUACUGUCUCUUUCAUGGACGCACAUAUUUCAACAUGCUCAAGAAGGCCAUUUAAUCCUUAAUGAUGGUCGCCGCGGUUGAGACCAAAAGUGCAGCCAACAUAGGUAGACACUUCUCCCUCUCUCUCCAGCUUUCUAUGGUAAUGGCUUUCCUUUUCUUUGGUGCACUGCCCCAGAGGAGCCUGCCUUACACGUGGGAGACGUAACAAAGUGCAAAACAUUAA